AACUUCUUGCCCUAGGUCCCAAAGUUUCAGGCAUGACCAAAACAUACGUAACUCCGAACAGUCAUGUCGUCCUCCAAUAAUCCGGAGACCCUCGCUCCAGCCUCACUCAAUGAGCCGUUACCGCCCGUUGUCGACUCCGAGGAUGAAGCGCCUACCAAAAGGAGCCUAAUGAUAUUUGGAAGGGAUUGUGCCAAAAUCCCUUGCUUUCGGGACAGCUUGAUGUGUGGAAUUUUCACUGGAACUGUUACGGGGAUCGGAUAUAACCUUGCUACAAGCAAAAACCCGAUUAAACUGGCCAUGACCACUUACUUAGCUGUCACAUUUGGAGUUUGGAUCUUCUGUCGGCGCAACUUUCUGAUAAUGGAGCAAGAAUCGAGGCUGUUUCGAUACGUUGAAAAGUCCCGUCAGAAACUGGACAUUCCCAAAGAUUUUAAUGAAGAGAACAGUUCAACCAUGGCUGAUUCUUCUCAGUGAAUAUGUCUCACAAAACCAUAAUGCAUAUAAAUACAUCCACCAACUUCGUAGUAGGUCAUAACGUGAA